UGACCAGUCAACACACAGGUAUGUAUUCCCGCGGACUGUGCGCUCUGGCCCUCGCGCUCUUGGUCACCCAAGUUGCAUCGAGUGAAUCAAAUCGAGUGAAACGCCAAAGCAGCUCAACUUGCACUCCUGAACUUUUAACUCGAGCGUUGAAAUGCUGCGCGGUGCCGCAGUUGUACUCGUCAGACGCGGCCACUGGUUGUCCGGCCGCAACCCGCUUGUCCACCGUUUCAUCAGUGGCCAGGCAAACUGGCAGGCAAAUCGCCAAAUCCUUUUCGUCCAAGCUCGACGGCGCCCGUGGUUUUAAGAACGCGACCAGGGCGAUUGGUCGCGGCAUAAAAGACGCAGCCGGUGCCAUCCGAAGCGGUUUCAAUAACGCCACUAAAAUGGUCGCAAAUCCACUGUUUUGCCGGAUGGAGUGCAUUUUCCAAAACCAGAGCUUGUUGACAAGUGCGGGAGAACUGGACUACGAUUUGGCCAGCAAAGCGUACGUGAGUGCCGCUCCUGACCAGUGGAAGGCGGUUGUCCAGGAAGCCACGGCCAACUGCACUGGCAUGUUCAAGAACAUGGACAGCGCGAUGGCCAACAAGACCAUGCCCCAAAUGCCCGAAGGCUUCUGCAAACCGUGCGCCGCCGGUUUCGACUCCUGCGUCCAAGCCCGCGUCGCCAUGAAAUGUCCUACUGCUGGCACCAACGGUCGGUGUUCGGCGGACUUGAAAACGUUGCAAUCGUGCGGCAAAAACGUGAUGGACCUUCUUGGCAUCCCAAAACCACCACCGCCACCACAACAGUCAUAGAAAUAUGUAUUUUUUGGAUAAUCGCAAAGAAAUAAAAUCUGCAUUUAUGUUAGCAUCAACGUGUAAAC